UAAGGAUGAUAUUCAUAAAAUCCACCGUCGUAAGUGGAUUCCUCUGGAUCCAAAAUAGAGGAAAUCGAUGUUUGUUUACGUUCGUCCGGAGUGUAAGCGACCUGCUCUUCAGUGCCUAGUAACGCCCGAGGGGAAAGUAGUGCAUCUUUUAGACACCAAAAGACCUUCCGAUAAAGAUCAGGAAUAACAGACACUAUAAGAACGUCGUGGAAACCUGAAGAAGUGGAUCUAGAGAAUUUAGACAACGGCGCUGCGUGAGAUUAUCCUAAAGAAGAAGAGAAAAAAGAAGAAAAAAGAACUAAGGAUCUGAGUCAGCGAAGGACGUGACAGGCACUCUCUCUCUCUCUCUGUGUCACUUGUCAUAAGUGACGCGUGUCAUUCUUGUUUGUUUUGAAUUUUAUCGCCAUUUAAUGAGAAGAAGAACGAGGCUUGAGGGAGGAGGCUGCAGGCGCGAGUGUUAUGAGUGACAGUGACAGGGUAACUAAUGAAUGAUGGCGAUUGGAUAUAAGAUAACGGUGGAGCCUGUCCUCUUCCUGUACAUGUUGGCUGUGUUCAUGUUAUAUCCAGCACUGCAGGAUCUUAUAUAUACAAAGGUGUGUCUCCAAGACUUUGCAAAAAGAAUAUGCCAUGAUUUGUACAAUCCAGAAAAUCGUGAGGCUCUUGAUCUUGUUCAGACAGGAUCAUCGCACUGGGUUCUAGGGUCAACCCUCAUGUUAGCUCUGCCUUCUAUUGUAACAGCUCAGUUCUUGGGCUCAUGGAGUGAUACGUAUGGCCGUAAAAUACCAAUGCUUUUGCCACCAGUUGGUGCAAUGUUUGCCAGUCUUCUCUACAUCAUCAUGAGUGUUCACCUGUAUCAGACACCUGUUAGCCUGGUCCUUCUGGCAUCAUUCUUGACGGGAUUAUGCGGAGGGUUUACGUCCUGCAUUCUUACUUGCAUGAGCUAUGUUGCGCAGGUCAGCAGUUUUCGCACAAGAACUGUCCGUGUCGGGAUCCUGGAAAGCAUGAUCUUUAUGGGAGGAACCAUUGGCCCUCUGCUUGGCGGUUGGGUGCAGGAGGCUGGAGGAAGACCUGCAACAUUCACCGUCAUUAUGGCAUGUCAUGCAGCCAUCGUCAUUUACAUCAUACUCUGUGUUCGGAAUAUUCCACCAAG